AUGCUCCGCAUCAUCCUUCAACGCUUAGCGGUGCAGCGCCGCAUUGCCGAGCAGCUGGAGGCGGUGUCGCUGGACGAGGUGCUGCGCCGCAUGCAGUCAAGCUCACUGACAAACCCCGCGCGCUCCCUCGAGGCCCACUUUGUAUUGGCCACAGAAAGGCGUGAUCAUGAGCGGGCUGCACCAACAGCGGCCUCACCGUGCGCAGAGACCCUGAGGGAACCUUCUGAUGACCUGCUGCGCGACGCUCUCAGCGAGCGGCUGCUCGCCGAGGUGCGCCGAGAUCUCAGCUCGCCCACCAUCACCCUCGACGAUGGCGGCUUGAUGCUGGCCAACUGCCUACGACAUGGGCUUUCCCCUCUCGCCACGCAGCAGGUUUUUGCCCUCUGGCAACGGCGCAUGCACCACGCCACGACUGGUGCGUCUUCCGCUGCAGCGCCCCGCACAUCCAUCUCGAUGCUUGGCAUGGGAAAGAGCAAAACUGCCUUCGCGCGCGCUGGUGGAGGCGCUGCCGGUGUGAGUGAUCUGGCACAGUUUCAGUCUCUCGUUCGCGUGAUGGAGGCGUGCCUUGAUGCUCAUGAUAAGCAGCAGCGAGAACUCAGUCGCUUUCGGAAACGAACCUCCUCAGCAGCGGCAGCGGAUGCGCGGAAAAUACAAUCGAAGAGCUCCAUCGCCUUCACCCUUGAUGACUUGGCGGCUCUGGUAGACACCGUGGAGCAGCACUGGACGCUCUUUAUCGAUCACGGCACCUCGACGACAGGACUGCUGGUGCAGUUCACCGCGCUCGCUCUGGUGCUGACGGGGUGUGCUUCGUCGGCGGCAGCCGAGGCAGAGCCUGGGAGCAAAUUCGCGAACAGCCUGCGGCGGCUGAGUCACUUGCAGACGGAUCGUGCGCUGCUGCAGCAGCGCAUCUUCGGCUUAUGUGAUCAAGCCAUCGUGUCGCUGUGCUCUCAAGAAGAGGAGGCUGCGGCAGCAGGCGAUGGCGGCAUACCGUCUCGUCGAGAGAGUCUGUGGUGGUAUCGACCGCAGGAGCUGGUGCGUCUCUCGCAGGCGAUGCGGUUGAUUGAGGUCUACGAAGUGGAGCAGCGACGGGGCAGCAGGUACAGCAGCGGCACCGGAUCACCUGUUGAGCACUCCUCCCAUGGCGAAGGGGACGGGCCACGCAGGCCAGGAAGCAGCGUCGCACGAACUUCGAGGAGGGACGCUGGCAAGACGAUGUCGAGUUCGUCCAACCCGGUGCGGGGCACGCCGCCAAGUCGUGCGCAGACUGCGCCUGUGUUCCCCAAGGCCCGCUGGCUGCUUCGGCUGCCCACCACGUGGUGGCCCGCUUCUUCUACAUCCCUUCAUGGGGUCCCUGCGGAGCAUCGAAAGACAGAGGCAGCUGCCCGGGCAAGGCGGCGGCUCGGUGCCUAUGUGACGCAUCACGCACUGCAGCAUACGUCUACAGUGACGCCGCCCCCGGUACCCUCGUACGCAGUAUCGCCCGCCCUGGCGUCCAUCUCCCUUGCCGAUGUCGAGGAUAUCUUCGCCGUGGUGUGCGCCACAGCGUCGUCCGUGGCCUCCACGGAGGCAGUGACCGCGUUCUCGUGGUGGGUGCGCGAUGUCUUCUUUCAGCAGCACCGACAUCGCAGUCUGCACGAUGUGCAGGAAAUGGCUGGGCUCCUUGGGAUUGCAGAGGUCUGCGUCGCGUACCCGGAUGGGACUCAGACGGUGCUCGCUGAGGCGCUCAAGUGUCUUCAGCGCUCUGCCCUCGUUUUGUGGUGCGUUGGUGACACGGCAGUGACUAGCGGGCCCGACACGCCGGGGAUGCUGUGGUCACGCGCGUGCGAGGUCGUCGGCGAUGCACUGGCGCUCGCGACCGUCCGUGCAGAGGCCCAACGCACGCUGCGAGCGCUAGUGCACACGGUAAGCCAGCACGCGUCCUCUUGUAUCGUGACAAGGGAGCCGAGCAGCGAGCUGGCGCGUCGGCAUCAGCGUUACGGCCUCUUGGUGCUCGCAUGCUUGCAGCUGCAGUCACCUGACGGUAUCAUCACACCGGCCCUGAAGCGGAUGAUUCUAGAGCUCGUUUUCUCUGCGCCGUUCCGCCGCGAUGAUGCUGAUCACGGGGGGCCGGCUGCGGUGGCGCGCGCUCUGUUCCUUUUCACGCGACCGGAACCGGCUCUUCGUGAGCCUGCAUCCACCCAAGGCGUGCCACGGCGGGAUCGAGUCAUUCCGCACCUUUUGAAUGAGCUGACACGGCUCGUCUCCCCGGCGGCGGCUGCGUUGGACGAUGGAGCGACCGCCGCGGUCGAGGACGGCGGGGGCAGUGCGCAACUUCUGCAGCAGCUGACCUCAGCUGAGCGGCAAAUGCUGCGCUCCGCGCUGCAGGAGGUGCGGCUGCAGACGCAGCACGAGAUGAAGGAAAGGCCGCUGUGGGGACCCAUGGUAGCCCCCAGCAGCAGUGAAGCGGGUCCAGGCCAAGCAGCGCGUACAGCAUCCUUGCAGCUGCCCUUGUCGCUGCCAGUGACUGCGCAGGUUGGCGUUGUCAGCUCCGCGGAUGCCUCGACGUCGUCCUCCGAUCGACAAGCGGGUGCGAUGGGUGCAAAAAGCGGUCUGGGUCGGGCUUGCACCGAGUGCCACGCGCGAACCCCUCGGCAUCGCAUGCGCGCAUCCGAGGAGCAUCUGCUGAUUCAGUCGGAGAUCGAUACUCUGACCCGCUAUCUCCGUCAGCGCCGCUCUCCGGGGUGA